AUGCAUUCAUUUGCCAUAAGAGUCGACAAACAGCUAUAUACACGCUUUCUGUCGGACUGGGAGUUCAAAUGCAUCCGCCAAAUUUCUUCGAAACCCCAUGUCGUAGAUGUUGUCAAGGUCUCUUAUAUUGUGAAUUCCCACCCACUGCGGGUCGACCGGUCUGGCCCGAUUCGCAUCACCAUGGUAAGAGACUCGAUUGGAGGUAUCAUCGAGAAUGUAGCCUUCCAACGGCGGUUGUCCAUCUGUGACCAAUAGUUGAUCACUUUGCACCGGCCAAGGCUGGUCGCUGAGAUCCACAUAUGGCGGGGCACCCUGAAUCUGACCUCGUCUAGCCCUGAAAACGAAUCCAUCCAAAACAUCUUCCUUCCAGUCAGCCCACUUGGCGCUCUCGUUGGUUGUCAUACCUGCCCAAAUGAGGUACGUGUGAUAGACCAGGAAAGCAACCGCCAACGGGGCAGUCAUGAGCAUCAGCAUUGUGACCGUUCCGAUUUUGGGAUCCCUGGUGAUCACGAUGGACCAGACGUGGAGGUACAUGGACCAACCCUUCAUAGCAGCCUGUACGUCCGGCGGAACAAUUUCUCGCAGAGUUUGAUAGAGAAGGGAGUAGCCGAGCAAGGUGCCGUAGAUCAAUAGUAUUGACACCGCGAGAAGAAGCAACAAGAAGUACUUGUAAUUGUUGGCUCCAAUGCAAUUCAUCAGCCAUACACAAUGAUGGUCAUGUCGAGAGACACAUGCUUGGCAAAUACUGCAAUGCUUACUACGUGCAGGCUUGAGAAAAUCGCAGGUCGAGCAAAGAUGUCCAGGGUGAAAGAGGACGCGGUCAUAUGGGUACCGUUUCAUCUCUUCCGCGUGAUUCUCUAGAGUGAUGAAUGAUUUGGUGACCACACACUUGUAAAUCAGAACAUAGGGUACGAUGACAAUGCCAGGGACCCAGAAGUGAUGAGUACUAGACAUCCGAGGCCAUGCCACCGGGAGGAAGAAGCACUCGCCUAUGGCAAGCAGGCCGAUAAAGAAUAGCUGGCAUUUGUUAGAUGAAGCCACAGUCUACCAAGAUAGUUCAUGGGGCUUACAAGGACCAAAGGAUGGUUCUCAUGCAGAAUGUAGCUGCCGGAGCGGCUCCAUGCUCUGACUAGCCGCCCACCAAAUAGGCGGGAGUCGAUCCAGGCUACUCCAUUAGGAAAGUAAACCCACAGUAAUCGGUAGAGAAAAGCAAUGGGAGUUUUUCUGGCUGUUGUGAGUUGGAUCCUAACAAUACUCGAGAGGUAUCUCACCUAAAAACGGGCAACCGGCCGAAAAGUGCGACAAAAACGAAUGCUGAAAUGCUCAAGAUGACAAGAGCAACCGUUCGGAGGGUCCCCAUGGUGGCAUGUGGGGGUUAAGCCCGUUCCCUUCUGUAUUCUUCUCAAUACUUACCGUAAUAAAUUCGAAUAAAUCUCUCAGGCUGGAUCUGUAGUUUCCAUUUUCCUCAGCGGCUGUUUCCGUCUCCCUUGAAAUGUUGUUGACUAGUCAGCGCUCCAGGCGGGCUUGUCAUCAAACAGUCACGUGUCUUCGACCUUGACGCGCGAGUUUACUCUUCCUUUGUGCUUCGGCUGGACUCAACGCACCAGUUCCUCGUGGAGGUUUAAUCUGUUUUGCAGCCUUUAUGAACUUCAAUCUCACAUAACUUCUUUCAAAAGGUCCUGUGAUGUGCAAUUUGCGCCAGAACGGCCGAUGAAACACGCAGACACGUGAUCACGCGUCACGAAGAGCGAUAUCACUGAAAUCGUUGCACUCUAUACACAGGUAGCUGAUUUGUCUCGAGGAUUAUCGCUUCAUUGCAACAUCAGAACCUCCAGCAGUAGCGCGAGACAUGUCGAAUAUCUUCGGAGGUGGAAGAUUCUUCUUAUCACGCGCUAUCCCACAACGGACGCAGCUGAAGGAGACGAUCGAGAAACAUGGCGGCAGCGUUGUCUUGCUAGAAAAGGAUGCCGACAUAAUUCUGGUGGAUCAUUUGAGGAAAACCCAAACCAUCCCUCCCAACGCAUUAUCUUAUCGAUAUGUCGAAAAGUCUGUUCGUCAAGGAAAGUUAGAAGAUCCUGCGUCCCACCGGGUCGGCCCAGCUGCGCCCCGUCCGAUGGGCGCAUCUAACAUUCCUAUCAAGAGCACCAGGAGAAGCUACACCUUGGAAGAUGAUCGGAUAGUUUUCGAUUGGUUGUACCCCUGGGAACAGGCAAGAGGCGCGCCAACGCACGGCAACAAUAUUUACAAGAAUCUAGCUGAACGAUUCCCACAUCAUACGUGGCAAUCCUGGAGAACUCGAUAUUUGAAAACAUUACGCGGAAAACCACGCCCAGGAGGAGGUGACCCGAGACCUGACCUCAUAUAUGGGGGUCCUGAAGCAGUGCCCCGUUGUGGACAACCAUCGCCCGCUCCUCAAACGCCUCUGGGGUUGCCGGGUCCGGCUGCACCUCCUGCACAGCAUACUUCGAGGCCUAACUAUCAACACAGCCCUCCAGCAAGUUCCAGUAGGAAACGUGGGCCACCUGCCAAAUCCCCCCAGCCCUCUGAUACAGCGAACACCGCAAAGAGAAGGCUGGUAGAUGUGCAGAAAAUAUCGCCUUCUGCCGCCCAAAGCUCUCAAAAUCGAUCUCCGGACGCCGCAACGAGGCCACUCGGAAUAGCCCCACGGGAACCAUCCGGUCAACCUAGGGACAUAUCCGUUCCUGUUCCAGAGCACCCCCGCCCUCGAAAUCCAUCAAUAUCAGCACAAACUAUCCCCGCAGAAACUGAUGAAGCUCCCAAAGAAACAGUGGAUCCCUUCUUCCAACAUCUACCGUUCUUCCCGUCAACCCCAGAACCAGAAACUGAAGACGAUGAUGAUGGCAGUGAUCCAGAAGACUAUCCGGACGUAAACAGCUGGGUUCAAGCCCAAGUGGCGAGAGGCGCCGACGUAUCAACCGUUCUAGACGCUCUACGCUAUACAAGCAUGGAACCAUCGUUGGCAAGAAAAUUACUUAAUGUCCUAGUGGCUGGUAAUCCAGUCCCCGACAAUAUGCGUGGAGUGUGGACGGAGGAAGACGAUCGAUGCUUGGAAAGCCCGAAUGCCCGCGACAUCGAGCGAGUGACUAAGAAGCAUGGAAAAAGGCUAUUCCAAGCCCGAUGGGAGUACCUCGAGAUGGCUCGGGAAAGGGGGUUAGUUGAAUAAGAGUCGACCCACGCUUUACACAACAUUCAUUCUUCCUGUAGAGUAAAAUCUACGAAAAGCGCCGACAAUUCUGAUCACAGAUCAAGAUGACAGCUUGCAAGUACAGUAGGCCCAACGGAUGC